GUUGCAUUGUCUUCUCUUCUUUUCCUACUCUCACUACUCAUCAGCUUUGCUGCAAUCGCUACAUCUGUAAGUAAUUUACUCUCUUCGAUCUCUGGAUCCUUCAUUGGUUUUACCCAUCAUAGUAAGCUUCUCUUAGUUGUGUUUGUGUGUGUGUGUUUGAUUGAAUAUUUGAUCGAAAUGCGACUGCAUGCAUGCUGAACCAGUGCCGGUACGUAGUGAGAGUCAAGACAGGAGAUCGCGAACAUGCAGGAACGAAUUCUGUCAUCAGCCUCAAGUUAUCCUCUCUUGGAAAUAGCUUUACCAUCAACAACCUCCAAAAUUGGGGCAUCAUGGGACCAAGUCAUGACUACUUCGAGCGAGGUAACCUCGACCUCUUCAGUGGCAAUGGCCCUUGCCUCCGUGUUUGCGCCAUCGCCGUCGCCUCCAAUGGCCAAGGGACCAAGCCGGGAUGGUACUUGGAUUACGUGGAUGUCACUUCCACUGGGCCCAAGUCAGCAUUCUCGGUGAACCAGUGGCUAGCUAUAAAUGAAUGGCCACAUCAUCUCUAUGCCAGCGUCAACUUAUGCGCUGGCGCCAACAAGCUAGACAACAAAGGAGGGCAUUAGAUCUGGAUUCUUGGGGUUGAGACGCAAUCUCUCUACUGUUUGACCAUGCUUGUUUCACAAGCUCUUAAUAAUAUGUAUUUGGCUUUUGUUGGCGUGUUGUGUGUUUCGUAAUGUACGUGUGUAUCAUCAAUCGUCCGUGUGUAUUUUCUUUAUGGAUAAGAACUACUGGCAUUACAAUUUACAAUCAA